AUGAAAAUCUUCGGACUUAUUUCUUUCGCCGCCAUUUUAAAUCAUCUGACGCCUGUACUUGCCGCUUCGAGUUAUGUUUGUGGUCAAUCACUUAUUCAUAGAUAUUACAUACAAUACGCUUUUGAUCGUGCUCACGAAUUGAAAAUUCAAAAUAACGAGCAAAAUUACGAAAAUAAUGAACUUUUUGCUGUAGGAAAUUACAAACAUCAAUAUGAAGAAGAUAAUGAAAUUAUCGAUGUCACAGUCAAAGUGGGAGGUACAAUUAAAAAGGAAAUUCUUUGGGUAAAAGCUUUGGUUAAAGGGGAAGAGAUUGAGUGUAAGCCAGCAACAAAGGAGCCUAAGCAAUCCUCGGCAGCCUCUUGGUCUAGUUAG